AAGCUGUAACAUUCUAUGUUGAUAGUGAUGUGGAACUGCAAUAGUGGAAAUAUGACGAGGAUAAAUCCAUUUGCUAAAAUUUCUUUUUUAAUUCUUGCAAUAAUACUUAGUGCAAUACCAAAAUGCUCGUCUAUACUAUCAGAUAAAAGAUUAUGUUAUGACUCAAAGUGUUCAGAACCUGUAUCAUUUGCCAGGACUACAUUGAAGUAUACAGCUGGAGAAAAGGGUAUGGUCUCUGUACCGAUGAGUGAAGUAGUAACUGUUUAUAGCAAAGGUGCCGGUAAAAGACCAGAUUUAUGGGGUAUAGAGUUCGGUGGUAAUCGUGGAUACAUACCAAAAAAUUUUUUAAAGGAAUUUAAAAUUUUAAAGAAAAACUUGACUUUCGAAGUAUCUACUGAAAUUGUAAAUAAUAAUAACAACAAUGAUAAAAAUAAUAACAUUGAUAAUAUUAAUAAUGAUGUCAGUAAUUUAAAAAAUAUUCCAUUAAAAAAUAAUGAAAAUAAACCAGACUCUAUUUCAAUAUAUAGUAGUCUUUCCAAUACUAAUAUUGAUGCAUCUAUUCCAACUACCAAUGAAGAAAAUACAAAGCAAUCUAUGCAUGAAACAGAAAGUAUAUCUCCAUUUUCUAACGUAAUAGAUGGUACUACAAUUUUUGUAAAUAGGGAAGAAUCUAUGCAACCGAGUUAUACUUCUGUUAUAGAAGCUAAGUCUUUGUCAAACAAUAAAGAAACAGAAGAUAAUAUUAAUAAUGACAUAAACCCAACUGCUACGCAAAUUGAAUUUGAUAUUCCAAUUAAGUUGCAACAAGAAACUGAUUCUAAAGAAGAAGAGUUUGUUACUUAUAGCAAUACUUCCAAUAUACAUAAUAAAACAAACGAAUCUGCAUUUGAAUUGCAAUUAAAUGAAAAUAAUAAUGUAGAUUUUUUGACUGUUGAAUCGGUAGAAGAAAAGAAAAAGGAUAAUAUAGAUACUUUUUCUUCAAAUGUGGAAGAUAAGAAGGAAAAAGAUGUUGAAUCAGGAAAUGCAGAAAAGGAAGAUGAUAUGGUAUCUUCUAUUACUAAGUUAGAAGAAAAUAAAAAGGAAAAACACAGUUUAGAAUUUUUGACUUCUGAAUUGAAAUAUAAAGAUAAUAAGGAUAAUGUACUUCCUAUGAUUGUUGAUUUAGAUCAUAAGGAGAAAUUAGGAGUUGAAAAUAUUACUACUGAAAACAUAAAUGAUACAGAUAAUUUGCUUAUCCAGUCCGAGUUACAAAAACAAAUUGAAGUAGAAAAUAAAACGGAAAGUGUACAUAAUGUAGACACUCCAAACAUGGAUCAAUCAAAUAAUCUUGUAUCGGCAAAAAAUAACUCUGAUGAUUCUGAAAUUAUUCUUAACAAUGAAGAAAACAUACAGCAGCUUGUAAAUAAGGUUAAUAUACUUAAGAUAGAUCUACAAAAAAAUGUUUUCAAUAAUAAUCCAUUUGAACAAGAUACAAUAUGUGAUGCUAAUAUGAGUGUUACAAUACAGAAGGAAGGAGAACCUACAAUGGAAGAAAAUAAUCAAAAGGAAGCACAGGAUGGUCAAAAAAAUGUUGUAAAUAGUGAUGUAAAUAAUGAUAAUGUUGAAAAAGAUAUCUUUAGUUCUGUUGAUGUUCCUGUGGAAUUGAAUACAGUAUUUAAAGAUAGUAAUGGACAAUUGCAUAGUGAGGAAAACAAAGAAUCACAUUCUAGUCAAAAUGAUGCAAAAGAUAUUAACUCCGAACAAAUCUUCCACGAAUUUCGUAAUAAUCGAAAUUUAUUAUACGUGGAAGAAAACGUCAUAACCGAUAAAGUGGAAUUGCAAAUGGAAGAUUUGCAAAAUAAUAUAAUUGAUUCUAUGACUGAAACCUUACCUAAAUAUGAAGAUAUAAAUAUCGAGGAUAAGGUUUUGCCUGAAGCAGAAAAUAAAGAUAAAAUAGAAGAUGAAGUUUUUUAUAAUGAAAAUAUGGAAGGUCUCACAAAUGUUGAAGAAGUAACAUUAUUUUCUACGAUACAAAAUAUGCAAUUUUCUGAUGUUUGUACAACGGGUAAUGAAUGUAUGAAUGGUGAUGAUACAAACUAUGACUUUAUAUCACAAGAUAAAGAGUCUGUUCCUGAAGGCAGUAUUAUGAGAAUGAUAAAAGUAGAACACACAUAUUGGAUAACAAUAUUUUAUUUAAGCAUAACUGCCAUUACUACACUUAUGUUUUCUUUAGGAUAUUAUUAUAUUGAGAAUAUGAGGAGAGAUGGUCAAUUGAUAGCAAAGAUAAAUAAACUGGAAAAAGAAUUAUUUCUUUCUGUAAAAGAAAGUUUGAUCUUGGAUGAAAAUUUGAAAUCAACUAAACAUGAGUUAAACUCUAUGCAAGAUGAAUCAUUUGGAUCUAACGAGAUGGUAUCGUCUUUGAAAGCUGAACUAGAGGCUUCACAGAAUGCAAAUGUUGAGUUAGAAGAUCAGGUUGCUAUGUUAGAGAAAGAUUUAGAAAGUGCAACAGAAGCAGGAUUAGAAUUGGAACGCAUGUUAAGAGAAGUUCUUUCAUCCAACAAUGAAGUUAAUCCGUUAACUCAAUCAGUAGAGGAUUUACAAGCUCGUUUAAACAUUCAACAAAGCGCUAAUGAAUCUUUAACUAAUGCUCUUAACAUCAAAACUCAAGAGAAUGAAACUUUAUCAACAGAUCUUAAUGCUAUGAAAAGAAAAUAUGGAGAAUUGGAUACCGAACUUAUACGUAUAACAGAAGAAUUUCGAAUCGAAUUAAAUAAAAGAAGUAAAAUACAAGAAAAUUUAAAUGAAAUAAUUCAACAAUUAGAAGUACAAAUUACACAACUUUCUUUGGACAAAGCAAAUUUAUACAAAGAAUUAAAAAUUAAAGAAACAGAAGUCAAAGAUCUCGUGGAUGUUAUUAAUCAAAUAAAUUCAAAUAAUUUAGAUAUUGAAAAACUGUAUAAAGUAUCUCAUGUUAAAGCAGAAGCGUCGCAACUUCUUGAGGAAAGAGAUGAAUUAAAGAUACGUUUAAGUGAAGUCGAAGGAGCACAUAGUUUGUUAGAAGAACACAUGAAACUUGUUAAAGAAGAAGUGUCUUCAUUGAGUGAACAAUGUAAAAUAGCUGAAAAAGAAAAGCGGGAUGCAGAAACACGAUUGGAAGUUAUAUCAAACUUUUUCAAGGAAAAAGAAGCUCAACGACAAAAAGAAGAAGCAUUAUGGUUACAAAAACAAGGUGAAGUUCUGUCUACUGUAGAAAGAAUACAUACAAUGCAAAAUGAAAUCCAAGGAUAUAAGCAACAAAUAGAAAUGUUGAAGCGUGAAAUAGUGGAUCAAGAAAGGGAAUAUAAAAGUCAGAUUUCUGCUCUGGAAACAAAGGCACACGAACAAUGGGUUAUGGCACGACAAAAUGAACGUCGUUUAGAAGAAUCAAAGGCAGAAGCAGGACAAUUACGUAAUCGUCUUACACUAAUAGAAAAAAAUAUAAAUGAUGCAGAUGCCGAUACAAAAUUACAUCGCUUGGAGGCAAAUGGGGAGACUACAACGUCACCUCCAUUAUUCAUAGGCGCAGAUUCAUCAAGUUCUCCUAUAAUGUUUACUGGUUCUUCAGGUGUUCCACCACCACCACCACCGUCAUUCAUACAUCCUUCACUUUUCCCUACAUAUCUACCACCACCUUUGCCUUCCACCUCAGGAUUACCACCUUAUGACGUUGGACAACGACCACCACCUUUGGGUGGUCGAUUAUCUUCUCCACCUCCUUUACCAUUACAUCCUCAUCCAUCUGGCAGGUACGAUAAUGCAGAUUCGCCACCACCUUUGAUAUCUCCACCUUUAUUACUUCCUUUCAAUCAUAGAUCACAUCCACCUCCCUUCGCCAGUGAUCAUAUUCAUCCUCCUCCACCACCUCCCCCACCUGGUUCGAUAUUGCUACCACCCCUUGGAACGUCGCAUUCAUGGGGGGAAGAAAUACUGCAGGCUCCACGCAAUUCUGGUUUUCAUCCACAUCAGCGAGAACAACGUACUCGCAAUCAUAAAGGUUCCUUGCAUUCGUCUGGGGAGUCAUUGGAUAAGUCACAUCAUAGCGGAAAAGUAUAACUUUUGUAUUUUAGUCUUUAACAAUCUUAUACAAAGGCCAAGUCUAUUAUUAUUAUAUAUAGUAAUAGAUUCAUUGUAUAACAAUUUUCA